CCCUAUUUCCGGUUUGUGAUCCAAACACUUAUCCGUUUUGAGCCGAAAGAACUGUAGCAAGACUGAUCGAUAGACGACAACCAUCAUAGGAGAAAUGGCAGAAUUCAUGGAUAAAUUCAGCUCUUUCACCAUGACGCAGUUAAAUGAGUUGCUUGAAGACGAUGAAAAGUUAAAUUCUAUUGUCAAAGAAAUGAACGAGAUGUGUGAGGUGCAGCAGGUGAAAGAGCUGACCCUGGUCAGUAACAUCAGUCUGGCAGAACAGAACCUCCAACUGCAGCCCAGUCUGGACCUUCAGAAGAACCAGCUCACCUCACGCUACCGCCACCUACAGGAGCUCUACGACAACUAUCAGCUACGCAAGUCCACACUCUGUAAGACCCCUAACAGGUCCACACUCUGUAAGAGUCCUAGCAAGUCCACACUGUCAGGGAGAGUGCGCUGUAAACCUAUGGACCUGGUGCCCUUAGAGACCACCCUGAUAGAACACUCAGACACAGACUGA